UGGCGCCAUCUCGGCUCACCGCAACCUCCACCUCCUGGGUUCAGGCAAUUCUCCUGCCUCAGCCUCCCGAGUAGCUGGGAUUACAGGCACGCGCCACCAUGCCCAGCUAAUUUUUGUAUUUUUAGUAGAGACGGGGUUUCACCAUGUUGACCGGGAUGGUCUCGAUCUCUUGACCUCGUGAUCCACCUGCCUCGGCCUCCCAAAGUGCUGGGAUUACAGGCGUGAGCCACCGUUGUUUUGUUUUUGAAGACAGGGUUUCACUUUAUCGCCCAGGCUGCAGUGCAGUGUUGUGAUCUUGGCUCACUGCAGCCUCCAUCUCCGGGAUUCAAGUGAUCCUCCUGCCUCAGCCUCCCAAGUAGUUGGGACUACAGGUUCCCACCACCAUGCCCAGCUAAUUUUUGUAUUUUUAGUAGAAUUGGGGUUUCACCAUGUUGGCCAGGCUGGUCUUGAACUCCUGACCUCAGAUGAUCCGCCUGCCUUAGCCUCCCAAAGUGCUAGGAUUGUAAGCGUGAGUCACCAUGCCCAGCCAAUUUUUGUAUUGAUAGUAGAGACGGGUUUUGCCAUGUUGGCCAGGCUGGGCUUGAACUCCUGACCUCAGGUAAUCCACCUGCCUCGGCCUCCCAAAGUGCAGGGAUUAGAAGCAUGAGCUCCUGCGCCUGGCCUAAAAUUUGUUUUAUUAUCUGUUCUCCAAGUAGAACCUUAGGUAAGGAGGUCUGGGAUCUGUCUCCGUCUUUCUCUUUUUUUUUUUUUUUUUGAGAUGGAGUCUUGCUGUGUCACCCAGGCUGGAGGACAGUGGUGGGAUCUUGGCUCACUUCAACCUCUGCAUCCCGGGUUCAAGCGAUUCCCCUGCCUCCACCUCCUGAGUAGCUGGGACUGCAGGCACCCGCCACCACGCCCAGCUUUUUUUUGUAUUUAGUAGAGAUGGGGUUUCACCACGUUGGCCAGGAUGGUCUCGAUCUCCUGACCUCGUGAUCCACCUGCCUUGGCCUCCCACAGUGCUGGGAUUACAGGCGUGAGCCACUGUGCCCGGCCUGUGUUUCUUGUACGGUGCCUGGCAUACAGUUGGUGCUCCAUGAAUGCUCAAACAGUGAAGGGCUGGCCUUCCUGGAAUCUGCCUGGUGGGCAUCUACACUCUGGGGCCCCACAGGUGACGGAUGGGCUCCCGGCUCUGUCUUGUCCCAGCCCUGGCUGUCACUCCCCUGCUCUGUGCCUCAACUUCCUCAUCUGUCAAACAGGGAUGACGGCAGUAAGUGCAGGGUGAUGGGAGCAUAAAACCAGCCCAUGGGCAGGGGCUUGAGUCCGUGCCGCCUGGCCUCAGCUGUUUCUUAAAAAUAGAUCAGCAGGGCUGGGCACAGUGACUCACACGUGUAAUCCCAGUAUCUUGGGAGGCCCAGGCGGGCAGAUCACCUGAGGUCUGGAGUUCGAGACCAGCCUGACCAACAUGGUGAAGCCCCAUCUCUACUAAAAAAUACAAAAUUAGCCGGGCGCGGUGGCUCACGCCUGUGAUCACAACACUUUCGGAGGCCGAGGCAGGCGGAUCACUCAAGGUCGGGAGUUCGAAAACCAGCCUGAUCAACAUGGAGAAACCCCAUCUCUACUAAAAGUACAAAAUUAGCCGGGCAUGGUGGCGGGUGCCUGUAGUCCCAGCUACUCGGGAGGCUGAGGCAGGAGAAUCCCUUGAACCAGGGAGGCGGAGGUUGCAGUGAGCCGAGAUCGCGCCACUGCACUCCAGCCUGGGCAACAGAGCAAGACUCCGUCUCAAUCAAUAAAUAAAUAUCUCAGCAGUAGCCUGGGUCUGACAGUUUCUAAUUGGUUCAGAGGAGGGGACAGCUCCAGGCGAGGCCCGAGGAGGAGCGGCCGCCCCUUCUCCAAAAGGAGGAAGAAGGCCCCGUGGCUUCGCCGGGCCCAGUUUGUGGUGGGGAUUUUCCCGCCACCGCCCCGCCCUCCGUGGGGCCCCCACCUCACCCUCUCCCGGCACCCUUCAACGUCAACCUGUUGGGCCGGGUCUGGGCAGGUCUGGCGGUGGGCGGGGAGCCCUGAGCCUCCCCACCUCCUCCCGUCCCCACCCUGUUUCCAGCACUCGAGGCUUGCCACCGCCGAGCCGGGCUUCCUGGGUGUUCCAGAAAGGAAGGCUGGGUCCCCGGGGGUGGCCCCCCCAAGAAGAAGGCAGUCCCCCUGUGCAUCCGGCUGCCCGGAGCCCUCUCCAGGGCCGGCUGGGCUGGGGGUGCCCUGGGUAGCGGGGACCCAGGGGCAAUGCCACCCCGUGCCGUCUGAGGCCACCGAACCAUGGCGCGCUCGCUGACCUGGCGCUGCUGCCCAUGGUGCCUGACGGAGGAUGAGAAGGCCGCCGCCCGGGUGGACCAGGAGAUCAACAGGAUCCUCUUGGAGCAGAAGAAGCAGGACCGCGGGGAGCUCAAGCUGCUGCUUCUGGGCCCCGGCGAGAGUGGGAAGAGCACCUUCAUUAAGCAGAUGCGGAUCAUCCAUGGCACUGGCUACUCGGAGGAGGAGCGAAAGGGCUUCCGGGCCCUGGUUUACCAGAACAUCUUCGUGUCCAUGCGGACCAUGAUUGAGGCCAUGGAGCGGCUGCAGAUCCCCUUCAGCAGGCCCGAGAGCAAGCACCACGCCAGCCUGGUCAUGAGCCAGGACCCCUACAAAGUGACCACCUUUGAGAAGCGCUACGCUGUGGCCAUGCAGUGGCUGUGGAGGGACGCCGGCAUCCGGGCCUGCUAUGAGCGGCGGCGGGAAUUCCACCUGCUCGACUCAGCUGUGUACUACCUGUCCCACCUGGAGCGCAUCACGGAGGAGGGCUAUGUCCCCACGGCGCAGGACGUACUCCGCAGCCGCAUGCCCACCACUGGCAUCAACGAAUACUGCUUCUCCGUGCAGAAAACCAACCUGCGGAUCGUGGACGUCGGAGGCCAGAAGUCAGAGCGUAAGAAAUGGAUCCAUUGUUUCGAGAACGUGAUUGCCCUCAUCUACCUGGCCUCACUGAGUGAAUACGACCAGUGCCUGGAGGAGAACAACCAGGAGAACCGCAUGAAGGAGAGCCUCGCCCUGUUUGGUACCAUCCUGGAACUGCCUUGGUUCAAGAACACGUCCGUCAUCCUCUUCCUCAACAAAACGGACAUCCUGGAGGAGAAAAUCCCCACCUCCCACCUGGCUACCUACUUCCCCAGCUUCCAGGGCCCCAAGCAGGACGCGGAGGCAGCCAAGAGGUUCAUCCUGGACAUGUACACGAGGAUGUACGCGGGCUGCGUGGACGGCCCCGGGGGCAGCAAGACGGGCGCGCGUUCCCGACGCCUCUUCAGCCACUACACAUGCGCCACGGACACACAGAACAUCCGCAAGGUCUUCAAGGAUGUGCGGGACUCGGUGCUCGCCCGCUACCUGGACGAGAUCAACUUGCUGUGACCCAGGCCCCACCUGAGGCAGGCGGCACCGGCGGGCGGGUGGGAGGACGGGGUGGCUGCAGGGGACCCCUAGUGUCCCUGGUCUCUCUCUCUCCAGCCUCAGCCCACACGCGAGUGAGUCCGGGGAUGGAAAGCCCGCUGUCGGCCGCCCUCUUCUCGGCCUCUCACCAGGACAGCCCCCCCCACCCCCCCACCCACCCCGCCGCCCAGGGUGCGCGCCUUCCCUUGCUUGACUCAGUUUACCUCCUUUGAAAGGGAAGGAGCAAAACGGCCAUUUGGGAUGCCAGGGUGGAUGAAAAGGUGAAGACACCGGGGGAUUGAGGACUUGGGUGGGUGGGCGUCUCUCAGGAGCCCCAUCUCCGGGCGUGUCACUUCCUGGGCAGGGGUCUGGGACCCUCUGUUGGGUGACGCACACCCUGGGACGGGGCGAGUGGGUCCUUCUGGCGCCUUCUUGCGUGGACUCUGGCGCGCUCUGGUGGACAGGAGAAGGAACGCCUUCCCGGAGCGCAGCGGGAGUGCAGGGACUCCCCUUUGCAAGGGGUUAACAGACCGCUGGGAAACGCUGUUCCUUUCGGAGGUUCGAGGCUCACAGCGCGUCCCGCCCCGGUUUGCAGACGAGGGAAAUCGCGGCGCACAAGCAUCCCCCCCCAUGGUUCGCAGGCUCGGGGCUGGACGUGCCGCAUCUUAACCUUUUGUAUUUAUUCCGUCACCCUCUGCAGGCCCCGUGCGGCGUGGAGGACAUUAAACAUUUCUAAGAGGCUGUGUCGCCAGUGUCCUGUUUCUCCCCUCUGCAUUCCCUUCUCGGGUUACCUGUCCCAGGGGGGCAGUGGUUACCGUUGGGGGGGACCGGGGAGCAACGUGGAGUAGAAAGGAAAAAAGUUUUACUUCUUGCCUAUCAUCCCAGCACUUUGGGAGGCCUAGGCGAGUGGAUCACGAGGUCAAGUGAUCGAGACCGCUCUGGCCAACACAGUGAAACCCCAUCUCUACUAAAAAUACAAAAAUUAGCCAGGUGUGGUGGCGAGCACCUGUAAUCCCAGCUACUCGGGAGGCUGAGGCAGGAGAAUCCCUUGAACCCUGAAGGUGGAGGUUGCAGUGAGCUGAGAUCGCGCCACUGCACUCCGGCCUGGCGACACGGCGAGACUGUCUCCAAAAAAAUAAAAACACUAAGAAGAUAAUUUGUAAGAA